AUGGAGGUACCUAUUUGGGUGUUUAUGUUGAUAGUGCCAAUGUACUCGAUGACAUGCCGUCCAAUAGGUGUAGAUUGUUCCAUCGGAUUUCUUCUUGAGAAUGGCGAGAAAAGUGACGAGACAAGGAAAUGCACGACAGUAUCAGUAAUGUACAACUUUGUGAUGACAAAGAGUUGUUUGAGUGCGUUUGACGUUGCGCCGACAUUAGAAAUUGAGAACAAUUGUGAAUUGACAAUAGACGUUGGGAUGUUUAAGACAAAGGGUGGUAUAAUAGUUUCUCCCUAUGUGAAUACAACAGUGAGUGGAGUGACCAAUUUGAAUGAACUCAAAAGUUUUCAAUUAGGGACCAAAUCAAGACUCACUAUAAUGGGGGAUUUAGUAUUUGAUAGUGACUAUACAAUGCCAUAUGUGUCAUGUUCGUUGAAUGUUUAUGGUGAUGUGAUUGUUCGUGGAAGUGCAGUGUUUCAGUUAAACGAACAAGAGUUGACGGUGACGAAUUUGCGGUUAUAUGACACUUCAGUGUUUGUAGGGUAUGGGAAUAUUCUAUUGGACAACAUUUUUGAGCUUAGAAAUAAUUCGACGCUCACAUUUAGUUACAACAAACAGUUUCAACAGUUGAAAGGCACGUCGAGUAAUACAACAAAAACACGAAGAAAGUGUUCAAUAAAUAAAUUGAGGAAAGAACAUAGACACUUUUCAAAUCAAUUUAAUUCUAUUUAUGAAAAGAAUGACCGACGAUAUGUAUUAGAAACAGAUGAAAUGGAAUUUUCAACAAAGGCGACUAGUGACAAUUAUGAUGAUUUGGGGGAAUUAAUGAUUUACUUAUACGAUGAGAGUUCGAUAACCGUCUCCGAGUGGAUCACUAUGAAUUACACAAACAUCUUUUUAAAUGACAAUCACUCUAACA